AAUUAUAUUCUUAACUUUGCUAUUGACUCAGUUGAUGAUGGCGGAGUUUCCGCCGAGUGGUCUGGACACCCUAAAGAGCUACUUGGAGAGCCAUGAUCUGGCCGGAGUGGGCAAUACAAAACAGUGCUUCGUCAAAUAUCUACCACAGCUGGAACAAGUGGGCGCCACCUGGUCGACGGAGUACAGUGGCUGCCAGCAAAAUGCGACCACUUUGCGCAGCACUCUGCUAAGCAAUGUUGGUGGCUUCCAGCAAACCAUACGAAAGGAAGCAUUGCGCAUAGGUAGCUAUAUAGACAGCUGCUUAAACUCAAUGAAUGUCAUCGAUUACUUCAACUGCUUCGCCAAAUUGUCCAACCAGCAACUGGUCUCGAUGUAUUUCAUAUCCGCAAAUGCCUCAGAGAUUGCAUUGAGCCUUGACAACCAGCUGAAUACUAUCGAUGUGGAGCGGUAUAUCUGCUCGAAUCGCACUGAGGAGAGCUAUGUCCUGGGCACAGCACGCAUAUUUGAUGCCUUGGACAAAUGCCUAGAGCAGUCAGCAACCUUGGCCAAAGCCACCGAUUAAAAUCUUUCAUAUGCUUCACUAAAAUCAAAUAUUGAUUUUAUUUCUA